AGCUUCAAGCGGAGCUCUCACCUUAGCGCACAUCAGAAAAUCCACACAGGGGAGCUGCCCUACAUGUGCUCUGAGUGUGGGAAAAGCUUCAGGCGGAGCUCUGUCCUGAGUGCACACAGGAGAAUCCACACAGGGGAGACGCCCUACACGUGCUCUGAGUGCGGGAAAAGCUUCAUUUGGAGCUCUCACCUUAUCACACAUCAGAGAAUCCACACAGGGGAGACGCCCUACACAUGCUCUGAGUGCGGGAAAAGCUUCAAGCGGAGCUCUCACCUUAUCAGACAUGAGAGAAUCCACACAGGGGAGACGCCCUACACGUGCUCUGAGUGCGGGAAAAGCUUCAAUCGGAGCUCAACCCUUAUCACACAUCAGAGAAUCCACACAGGGCAGAUGCCCUACACGUGCGCUGAGUGUGGGAAAAGCUUCAAUCGGAGCUCAACCCUUAUCAGACAUCAGAGAAUCCACACAAGGGAGACGCCCUACACGUGCUCUGAGUGUGGGAAAAGCUUCAAUCGGAGCUCAACCCUUAUCACACAUCGGAGA